AUAUACACGUCGCUUCUUUUGGGUCGCGGGCACAGCAUUGCUCUUCUUCGCAUCAUCGGAAAAAGAAAAAAAAAAAAAGACAGAACACAAUCAUGCCAUCAAUGUGGGAACAGUACAAGGCGCUACCAUCGCGCACGCGCACCUAUAUUGGUUUAGGCGGAAUGGCGUUUGCAAUGGCAGGAUUGUAUAUCACCGACGCGCUGGAGGAGAAGUUGGACCCGAAUAGGCGUACGAAGGAGUCGACACCACCGGCCGCGAACGCAUUGGCCGAACCAGCGAGUAGCUCUCAUAAGUCCUCUCGAUCAUAAGCGCAAAAAAGAUGCUGUAUGGCAUGGCAUGGUUAUACAAAAAAACGCGACUGCAGAUCGACUCUAUCUUGAAUUCAACCCUCGAUCUUUUGAUCUCUCUCUCUCUUUCUUUCUCUCUCUUCCUAUUUGUUUCUUGCCAACGAGAUGAAUGGUAAUAAAAUUCAAACGACACCAUUUAAGCACCAAAAUCUUUUUUUUUUUGUUUCCGC